CCCGCGCGCGGCGGGCGGGUGCCCGGUGCGCCUGCGCAGUAGGCGGCGGCGGCGGCAGGGGGAGGUGGAGGCCGUGGAGAGGCAGCGGCAGCAGCGGGUCCCGGGACUGAGGCAGCAGCGGGGGCGGCGGCAGGCGGAAGCUGAGGUGACGAAGGCAGCGGCGGCGGCGGCCGUUUCCCUCACGGUGGCGGAGACCAAGGCGGCGGCGGCGGCGGCGGACGGGGAGCGGCCCGGCCCCGGCCCCCUGCUCGUUGGCUGUGGCAGGGCCGCGGUGGGGCCGACCCGGCUCCCGCCCCCCGCGGCUCCCCCUCCGGCUCCUCCCCCGGGGAGACGCCGGGGGCCUGGCCCGGCCCGGACUCAGACCGCCGCUGCAGCCGCCGCCGGGGCAGUCGGAGGCGGCGGCGGCGGCGCCAUGGGCGGCCUGGCCUCCGGGGGGGACGUGGAGCCGGGACUGCCCGUCGAGGUGCGCGGCUCCAACGGGGCCUUCUACAAGGGCUUUGUGAAGGAUGUCCAUGAAGACUCUGUUACCAUCUACUUUGAAAACAACUGGCAGAGUGAGAGGCAGAUUCCUUUUGGGGAUGUCCGGCUACCACCUCCAGCUGACUAUAAUAAAGAGAUCACAGAAGGGGAUGAGGUGGAGGUAUAUUCUCGAGCCAACGAGCAGGAACCUUGCGGCUGGUGGCUGGCCCGGGUGCGGAUGAUGAAGGGAGAUGUGAGUGAUGGGAGGCCCGCGUCCCAGUCAACGAAAGCGGGGAGGCAGACGCUCCGGUCGUCCACACUUGUUCCUUCCCUUCUUUCUUUCUGCCAGUUCUAUGUCAUCGAAUAUGCUGCGUGCGAUGCCACUUACAACGAGAUCGUGACCCUGGAGCGGCUCCGGCCAGUGAAUCCCAGUCCCCUUGCAACCAAAGGCAGCUUCUUCAAGGUUACCAUGGCUGUGCCUGAGGAUCUGAGAGAAGCCUGCUCCAAUGAAAACGUCCAUAAAGAGUUCAAGAAAGCAUUGGGAGCGAACUGCAUCUUUCUCAACAUCACAAAUAGUGAGCUCUUCAUUCUGUCGACCACAGAAGCUCCUGUGAAGCGGGCAUCCCUGCUGGGUGACAUGCAUUUCCGAAGCCUGCGCACCAAACUGCUACUCAUGUCCCGCAAUGAAGAAGCUACCAAGCACCUAGAGACAAGUAAGCAGUUGGCAGCCGCCUUCCAGGAGGAGUUCACCGUGCGAGAAGACCUGAUGGGACUGGCCAUUGGGACUCACGGUGCCAACAUCCAGCAGGCCCGAAAAGUACCCGGGGUGACGGCCAUCGAGCUGGGUGAAGAGACCUGCACUUUCCGCAUCUAUGGGGAGACUCCUGAGGCGUGCCGACAGGCCCGGAGCUACCUUGAGUUUUCGGAGGACUCCGUGCAGGUGCCCAGGAACCUUGUUGGCAAAGUGAUUGGAAAGAACGGGAAAGUGAUCCAGGAGAUUGUGGAUAAAUCUGGUGUGGUGAGGGUUCGAGUAGAAGGUGAUAAUGACAAGAAGAACCCCAGGGAGGAGGGGAUGGUUCCUUUCAUAUUCGUGGGUACCCGGGAGAGUAUUAGCAACGCCCAGGCCCUGCUGGAAUACCACCUCUCCUACCUGCAGGAGGUGGAGCAGCUUCGCUUGGAGCGGCUGCAGAUUGAUGAGCAGCUUCGGCAGAUAGGGCUGGGCUUCCGCCCUCCCGGGAGUGGGCGGGGCAGCGGUGGCAGCGACAAGGCCGGAUACACCACGGAUGAGAGCUCCUCGUCCUCCCUCCACACUACACGGACCUACGGGGGCAGCUAUGGGGGCCGAGGCCGGGGCCGGAGGACGGGCGGUCCCGCCUAUGGCCCCAGCUCGGACCCAUCCACAGCUUCUGAGACCGAGUCAGAGAAGAGGGAGGAGCCCAACCGAGCUGGGCCAGGUGACCGGGAUCCCCCGACCCGGGGGGAAGAAAGCCGGAGGCGGCCGAUUGGGGGCCGGGGUAGGGGACCCCCACCUGCCCCCCGGCCCACCACGAGAUACAACGCUUCAUCUAUCAGCUCAGUGCUGAAAGAUCCAGACAGUAAUCCCUAUAGCCUACUGGACACAUCUGAACCAGAGCCCCCAGUUGACUCAGAGCCUGGGGAACCCCCCCCAGCAAGUGCCAGGCGCCGCCGCUCCCGCCGCCGCCGCACGGAUGAGGACCGGACUGUCAUGGAUGGAGGCCUGGAAUCUGAUGGGCCCAGCAUGACAGAGAACGGUCUGGAAGAUGAGUCGAGACCCCAGCGUCGGAACCGGAGCCGCCGCCGCCGUAAUCGUGGGAACCGGACGGAUGGUUCCAUCAGUGGAGACCGUCAGCCAGUGACCGUGGCGGACUAUAUCUCCCGAGCCGAGUCGCAGAGCCGCCAGCGGCCCCCCCUGGAACGCACUAAAGCCUCAGAGGACUCUCUUCCAGGACAGAAGGGCGACUCUGUCAGCAAGCUUCCUAAGGGCCCCUCAGAGAACGGGGAGCUCUCUGCCCCCUUGGAGUUGGGUAGUUUGAUGAACGGGGUUUCAUAAAACCUCCAGCCCGCAUCCCUCCCUUCUCCAUCUCGCUUGCUGCCCAACACCAUGGCCCUCCCAGGCCCGACUGACCUGCGCUGGAGCUGCUCUUAUCUAGGGGGGAGGGGGGUGGCACAGCAGCUUGGGUCCCCCCUCAAUCUCCAGGAGCUAGUGGAGGGGUGUGUAACAGGGUCAUACCCCCUCCCUCUUGUCCGCCCUUCCCCCAGGGUGAGGGGAGCCUCUCUCCUUCCCCAUCAGACUGGAUGUGCCUUUAUCCUCUAAUGCCCCGAUCUCUCUGAACACCCCCAUUCUCCGCCUGCUGGUGCGGGGUGCUCCUUGACCCACCCAGAUUUGACAGUUCAGGGGGGCUCCCCUGCUAUCCCUCCUCCCAUCCUGUACCCCCCAUUUCUGGGGCCUCAUCACUGUGGAAGACGGGGAUAGUAAGGGUAUAAGUGGGUGGGAGGCAUGGGGAAGGUUUUGGAGUAGAACCAGGGGUGUGUAUGAAGGGGGGUGACAAGGUCCCCCGGGGGAGGGGGGGACCAACCUUGUCUGGUGGUUGAGAAGGCGUAUUUAUUUUUCACUGUACAGUAUUUAAAAAGAGAAUAAAAAAAUCCAAAUGGC